AUGGCCUCGACGUCACCAACAACAACCGGGGACCACGAUCAAACCCAAAUACACCAUCUGCACUUAACACCAUUUGACUCCCUGCCUGAUAAGCGACAAGUAUGGACUGGUGCACCGGGCUCACGCGAGGAAGGUCUGGGCCGGCUGGUGCUCUUGACGCCGGAGGUUGUUGCCUUGGCGGCAGCAUCCUGCAUCCGUAGCGGUCGACGCGUGACCGUUGGCUGGGAAUUGACCAAGUUGGAGAUUGCCAACUUCGGCCGGCAGCCCUGCAGCCAUCAGAUCGUGCCGUUGCUCAGUGGCACCGCAUUUGACGACAUCUACACCCUUAACCCUCAACAGAGCAGCCAAUGGGACGGCCUGCGGCACUUCUCCCAGCCGUGCCCAACUGAAGACGACCCGGACAGAAGGCUCUUUUACGGCGGGACCACCAAGGAAGAAAUCGUCCGUCCAGGCGACGGUCGAAUCGGUCUCCAGCACUGGGCAAAGGAAGGAAUCUGCGGCCGCGGCGUGCUGCUCGACUACGUCUCGUACGCGGAGCGCAAGGGGAUUGAGUACUCGACUUUUAGCGAGCACGCGAUCCCGUUGAGCGUCUUACUCGAGAUCGCGGCCGAGGCGAACCUGACAUUUCGGAGAGGCGAUAUCUUGUUCGUCCGCGUCGGCGUCACCAAGGAAUGGGACACCAAGAUGACGGCGGACGACAAGAAGGCGUACGCAGCCUCCAAAAACCCUCUGCACGCCGGCGUCGAGGGCACUGAGGAGAUGCUGCGCUGGAUCUGGGACAGCGGCUUUGCGGCCGUGGCUAGUGAUGCUAUCUCGUUCGAGGUCUACCCGCCGAAAAAGUCGCAUGCGCGUCCUGACGGGCAUGACGUUCCUGGUCUGAUGAUGCACGAGUAUCUCUUGGCCGGUUGGGGCAUGCCGAUCGGCGAGCUGUUUGACCUCGAGGGGUUGGCGGAGCUCUGUCGUCGCGAGAACCGCUGGGAUUUUUUCGUUGCUAGCGCACCGUUCAACAUGCCUGGCGGGGUGAGCAGUCCGCCGAACUGUAUUGCCAUUUUUUGA